AUGGAAAGAGAAGACAAUACUUUAAUGGUAGAUCAUAAUAUUAAACAAUAUUAUAAUAAUUAUAUGAAAGUGAAUGAUACUUACAGGUAUACUCAAUAUAAAAAAUUUGCUUUACUUCUUUUAUACUCUCAUUUACUAAUUAUAUGGAGUUGUGUUCUUUAUUUUAUUAGUAAUUUAACUCCACUAAAUUUAGUUAAUAUUCUUAUUGAUUUGGUUGUUAAAUUUAACAGUAAUAUUUCUAAGGAAAUUUAUGUUAAAACAGGUGCUGUUUAUUCUUUACUUUUUAUUGUUCCUGUUAUUCAGUUAGUUAGUAAUACUGAAUAUAACCAAUUAAUAUUUCCUAAUUGUUUUUCUAUUAGUAUGUUUUUAGGUACUAUUGUGUUUAUUACUAAGGUUGGUUUUUUAGAAAUUGCUUUAGAUGUGUUUGUUAAUAGAUACUUAUUUAUUGGUUUAAUGUUUGCUUCUGGGUUUAUUAGUAUUUUAUUUGUUUAUAAUAAGAAGUUUAAUUCAUUGCUUGGUUGUUUGUUAGAUAUUAGUAUUUCUACUAUUUUAAUUUUACUGUUUCCUGGUGAUUUACCUAGUAAGUUAAUGUGUAUUUGUAUUAAGUGUGUUCAAUCUAUUAUUAUGUUCUCUGAUCAUUCUGACUCUUAUUUGGAAUUUCUUACUUCUUUGCCUAUUUCUAUGAUAUUUGCAUAUUCUAUUGCCUUAUUUAGAAUUUGUUUAAUUUCUGGUAAAUAUGUUCUAGAAAAAACUGAUGUUGUUACUGAUAAUGAUAACAACCAAUAUAAUGCUUUUAGUAAUGUCUUUAAAGGUGUAUUUGGUAAUUAA